UAGGACCCUCGCGGCGCUAGGACCCAACGGAUCUAGUCCUUGCAAGCGCACAUGGACAUUGUAGAGUGUAGCGGCUCUGAUGUUAAAGAGUACGCUGGUCUCUGAAUCAGAUUUUUUAUGUAGGCUAUCUCUCUCUCUGUUUUCUGUCGCACCCGCUUACUUCUAAUUUUUCAAACUCACUUGUCAGUGUCUUGGUGACAUUACUGCCAAGUCCUUGAGUGCGACACGCAGGGAUUUCAGCAUGCUUGGAUGAAAAGUUUUUGACAGCUCCUCUUUCGUGGUCCCGCUAUAAGAAGUCAAUACUUGGUCUUCCUCUGUUUCGGAGCUGAUCCCACUCUACUGCUUGCAUCCCGUUUCUGUCAAUCACUCGUGGACAGCAUAUUAUAGUCGUGUCGGUGAAAUAAUUCACCCUGAACGCAUUUCUUUCCCAAAUCGGGCAAAAUGACUAACUGGCGUUGGACGAACUUUGCAUUUCUAAUUGUUUUCCAUGUCUUGUCCAUGUCAACAGCAACGGGCAAUACAGACAACACACUUCUGAAUUUACAUGAUGGGAAAAGCUUGGACCAGAGUGUGCUGCACAGUGCUGUCCCUAAGCCCCAACGCUAUGACACCACGGUACCUCUCCUGCUGGAAGGGCGGCAGCGCAAACCACUCAGCCAGCUCAAGUCCAGGAGUCAUCCUGCAUCACUGAAGCUGGUGGUGGAGGCGGAAGGUGAACAACUGGUCCUGGCACUAGAAAAAAACCAGGGCCUGUUUGCGAGCCAUUACACUGAGACACAUUAUCUGGACGAUGGCAGUGCAGUCACUGGUGCUCACAACUUUACGAAGAACUGCUACUACCAUGGAGAAGUGGAGGGCCACGCUAACUCUGACGUCACUCUCAGCACCUGCUCUGGACUCCGGGGUUUCAUCUCACUUCAAAAUAAGACCUUCAUCCUUGAACCAUCGUUGUACCAGGACAAUAAUAAACACAUCAUCUACCGCGGGGAAAACCUCAACCUGUCCCCCGGAACCUGUGGUCAUGGCUUCAACAUGUCCUCUGUUACCCCUGACAACCAUCUGAGAAGCCCUUUCAGAACAUUCAGUACCAGGAACAAGAGGCACGCUCAGAAAACUACCAAAUAUGUAGAGCUGGUCAUCGUUGCAGACAACAGAGAGUUUCAGAAACAGGGGAAGGACAUUGAGAGGGUGAAGCAGAGACUGGCAGAGAUAGCCAAUUACGUGGACAAGUUCUAUAGGGUCCUGAACAUCCGUGUGGCCUUAGUGGGCCUGGAGGUGUGGAGCGACGCUGAUAAGUGUCCUGUCACUCAGGACCCCUUCAACACCCUGCAUGAGUUCCUAGACUGGAGGAAAGUCAAACUACUGCCUACAAAAUCACACGACAACGCUCAGCUCAUCAGUGGGGUGUACUUCCAGGGUACCACCAUUGGCAUGGCCCCCAUCAUGAGCAUGUGUACAGUGGAGCAGUCUGGAGGCAUCGUCAUGGAUCAUUCGGAUAAUCCCCUGGGCGCGGCUGUGACUUUAGCACAUGAGCUGGGGCACAACUUUGGCAUGAACCACGACACUCCAGAGCGGGGGUGUGGCUGCAGGAUGACAGUGGACCGCGGGGGCUGUAUCAUGACCCCCUCCACUGGGUAUCCAUUUCCUACAGUAUUCAGCACCUGCAGUAAGAAGGACCUGGCAGCCAGUCUGGAGAAGGGAGUGGGGAUGUGUCUGUACAACAUGCCUGAGGUCAAGGUGCUGUACGGGGGACAGAAGUGUGGCAAUGGAUACGUGGAGGAGGGAGAGGAGUGUGACUGUGGAGAACUGGAGGAAUGCAUGAACCCCUGCUGCAAUGCCACCACCUGCACCCUGAAGGGAAAUGCCGUGUGCGCCCAUGGACAGUGCUGCGAGGACUGCAGGCUGAAGCCUGCUGGCACACCGUGUCGAGAGUCCAGUAACUCCUGUGAUUUGCCAGAGUUCUGUACUGGUGCCAAUCCCCACUGCCCUGCCAACGUGUACCUGCACGACGGUCACUCCUGCCACAACGUGGAUGGAUACUGCUACAACGGCAUCUGCCAGACUCAUGAGCAGCAGUGCAUCACGCUAUGGGGACCAGGAGCCAAACCUGCCCCAGGGAUCUGCUUUGAGAGGGUCAACUCAGCAGGAGAUCCUUACGGGAACUGUGGGAAGGACUCCAAAGGAUCGUUUGCCAAAUGUGAAGCCCGAGACGCAAAGUGUGGCAAAAUUCAGUGUCAAGGAGGGGCCAACCGGCCUGUGAUUGGCACCAAUGCCGUCUCCAUAGAAACCAACAUCCCUCUUCAGGAAGGAGGGAGGAUCCUGUGUCGGGGAACCCACGUCUACCUGGGUGAUGACAUGCCCGACCCUGGACUGGUUCUGGCUGGCACCAAGUGUGGAGGGGGCAUGAUGUGUCUGAAUCGUCAGUGCCAGAAUGUCAGUGUGUUUGGUGUGCACCAGUGUUCAGGGAAGUGCAGCGGACGAGGGGUGUGUAACAACUUGGAGAACUGCCAUUGUGAGGCGCACUGGGCCCCUCCCUUCUGUGAGAGGGCGGGGUUUGGGGGCAGCCUAGACAGUGGACCAAUGAGAUUGGCAGAUGUGCGUGUGUGUGUAUUAAUGUGCGUGUUGUCGUAUGUGACAUCAGCCGACAGCAGGGUGGUUGCUGUGGCAAUCCUGGCCACCCUUCUCAGCCUUAUGGGUGCUGGGUUCCUGGUAUUCCUUAAGAGGAAGACUCUGGUCCGUCUGCUCUUCACAAACAAGAAAACCACAAUGGAGAAACUGAGAUCAGUUGGGUCGACUAGACCAGCCAGCCCCAACCAGACUCAGUCCAUGUACAGUCCACGACGCAAGCCCCCAGCCAAGCCUCCAGGUACCAGCAUAUACAAGCCAUCACACCUGAGUUCGGAGCCUCUUCUCCCUCCACACAGUUUCCACUCCCACAGCUUGCGGCGGCUGCCCCACUACCAGCCCCUCCACAUCAGCCACCCCAUGCCUGUCUCCCUGAGUGUGGGUCAGCAGCCCCUGCCACCGGUCCCGCCCCACCACAAGGCUCUGCCGGCCCACACCGCCCUCUCCCCACCACGGGCACCGCCCUUCCACAGCCUGCCCCGUCAGCAGCCCUACAGAAUGGACCAGGACUGCGAGAAACCCAGUCCACCCCAGAAGCCCCUACCUGCAGACCCUCUGGGAAGGAGGGCUCGGGUGGGACGCAGCACCUCGGUGGUGGGGGUUCGCCUCCCUGGACCCAUCCCUAUCCCCAUCCCCACCGUACCCAGACCCCUGCUCACCAAUCCACAACUGAACAGACCUGCACCCAUACAACCCCUGAGACUGCCAAAGACUCAUCAUUUUGACCCCUGAUCUCAAAGAAGAUCUGAUGGAAUGGAAAAGUGGAGCGCUCUAUGGAUGGAGACCCAUAUUUGCACUACAAGAAUACCAGACCUUUGCAACUUUGAAAGUGUCUCAGAGUUUUAGGGAAAGGAGACUGACUUCAAACCUUGGUGCUGUACCUCUGCUUUUGUUGUCCUCGCUCAGGUACAAAUGAACUAUUUAAUGUCUAUAUUUAUUAUUACUGUGUGCACAGUGCACUCUGGUAGACCCUAUUGACAGUAGCAUAUUGACACUUGGAUCGCUGUUGGUGAUUUUUAUUUUUUUACCCCCAGCAAAAUCAGAAGACCAGUUUGCCAUAUAAUGGAGGGUAUGUUUUUAUAUAUACAGUUAAGGAGAGACAUAAUGAAAAAGGUAUUUUAUUUUUAUCCUGUGAAGUUCCUAGAAUAAUUGGAGAGAAACACAGAUUGGGUUCAAGUUAAAGGGAAACAGAGCACUGCAUGGAACACUUUGAGAGUAACUUGUAACUCACUAAGCAGCAGUGUUAGGGACUGGGAAUUUUUGUUCAGUUUAUCAUUAAUAAGAAGUGCUUUUACAAUCAAAGGCGUCCACUCACUUCAUAAUCAGAAACGGUGUUGACUGACAUGUUGGACGUAUCAAUUGAGGUGUGUUUCGACUAAUCCAAUUCAGUGCAAAAGCAAGGGAAUUGUUCAGAAUGGACACGUACUUGAGAAUUGACUGUUACGUGAUCUUUGUAUUCAUACAUGAUCUUUAUUCAUAUACAGUUGAAGUCGGAAGUUUACAUACACCUUAGCCAAAAUACAUUUAAACUCAGUUUUUCACAAUUAUUGACAUUUAAUCCUGGUAAAAAAAAUCGCUGUCUUGGGUCAG